CAGAAAUUAAUAUUAUCCUUUCCCGCCACAGAGAAGAAAAAGUUCCGGUGGAGCUAUGGCUCUGUGCCUCCCGUCGGCUCGUCCGCCUUCUCCAAUCAUCAGCUGCCACGUACACGCUUCCCCAACCCUAGUUCGCACCCACAAUACUCGUACGCCUCCUUCUCACUCACCGGCGCCACCACCCUCUUCUCUCUCACUGAACCCUAACUCAUCCCCACCGCCAUCGCCAUCACUAACCUGCGCUCUCCACUGCCCUCACUUCCAAUCGUGCUCCGGUUGCACGCACGAGUUCAAUCUCCACCGGCCUAGCAUAGUCGACGAGGCCACCGAGUUCUUCCACACUCUCGGUGUCGACGACUUCACUUUCGACAGUUGUAAACUGUGGGGAUGGAGGUGUCGUGCAAAAUUAGCGGUUCGUGGCUCUUCGGUGAAUCCCGUGGUGGGAUUGUACCAGGAGGGCACUCAUAAUGCUGUAGAUAUUCCCGAUUGCAAAGCUCAUCAUCCAAACAUAAAUGCGGCUGUAGAGCUGUUGAAACAAGGUAUUACUGAAUUAAGCAUUGAGCCAUAUGAUGAAGAUGAGGGAACUGGUGAUCUUCGAUACGUACAGAUGGCCGUGACGACACAUGAUACCACCCUUCCUGCCUCCAAAAGAUAUCUAAAUGGUAAAGUACAGGUUUCUUUAGUUUGGAAUUCAAGAAAUGAAACUUCCCAUAAUUCGCAAAAAUUGCAUGCCUUGACCAAUUUUUUAUGGAAAAAAGGAGGACGGUGGAACAAUAACCAUUUGAUUCACUCUGUAUGGGCCAACUUUCAGACAUCAACUAACAAUAUAAUUUUUGGCAAUAGGUGGAGACAUCUUGUAGGAGAAGCAGACUUUUGGGAAAAUGUUGGAGGAAUUGAUAUUUCAUUGGCUCCAUCCAGUUUUGGCCAAGCAAACACACGGGCUUUCAACUUGCUCCUCCAGAAGCUUCAAAAAUAUGUCCCUUAUGAAUCAUCUGUCACUGAUUUAUAUGCAGGAGCUGGUGUGAUCGGAAUUUCCUUGGCCGCCUCAAGAAAAUGCAGGUCUGUUAGAUGCGUGGAGAUCAAUAAAGAGUCAAAGUUAUCUUUUGAGAAGACAGUUGACCGUCUACCAAGUUCCAUAGAGGGUAGCAUCAGCUGGCAUCAUGCAGAUACAUCAAAGGAUCCUCUUUGUUGGGUAAGGGGUUCAGAUGUAAUUGUUGUCGAUCCUCCCCGAAAAGGACUAGAUCCAUCUCUUAUUGAGACAUUACAAAACAUAUCAUCUAUAAAACAUAAAGCUGAGCCAUCCUCUCAAAGCCCAAGUGUAAAGGACAAAGAUGAAAAAAGACCUUGGAUUUUACGUGCACAGGAAGAUUCAGUUCAGGUAGGGAGUAAAAUGGUUUUAGAAGACCGGAAAUCCCUGCCACAAACACUCAUCUAUAUAAGCUGUGGUUGGGAAAGCUUCAAAGAGGAUUGCAAGUCCCUCUUGUCUAACAAGGCAUGGCGUUUGGAAAAAGCCCACGGUUACAACUUUUUCCCAGGCACUCAAAGCAUUGAGGUGUUGGCUGUGUUCAAGAGGGGUGGAAGAGUAAGCCAAAAUAAAAAGAAAUCAGCAAAGAAGAAGAAGAAACGUGUGAAGAAUGACAAGUGAAAAUUACAAGUCUAUUUUACUCUCUCUCAAAAAAUAUAUAUAUAUUCAUAGUGCGGUUCUUGGAAGAAGAAGAAGAAUGAAAAGCAAAACAAAAAUCUCUGACCAAAAUCCUCCACACCUUUUUUGAUGGUUUUUUUUUUUCUGUAGAAGAAAUGAAAUUUUGUUCUCCUUUGACUGAAAUUCAUGUAAAAAGAAUAAUUGAAAUUUGAUUUUAUGUCCCUGUGGACCGUGGCAUCUUAUGUGGCUCUCUGAGAAUUUGAAUGAAGCUUUACAUAUCUUUUUGGCAUCUUA